AUUUUAAAGAAAUAUGAAAAGUGGAAACACCUGCUUGUUUUAUAUAUUUGCCUUCCUCAACUUCUUGCUGCUGAUCAUUGCUCUUGCUGUUGGAGGGAGUGGUAUCUACUUAUGGGUGGUGACACACUCGAUUAAUAUUUUCUCCAUUUCCUUUAUGGGAGCAGGAGUCUUUAUCUUACUAUUAGCAGUAUGCUCGUUCUGUCUGAGGCACUCAACUUUCAGGCUAUCGAUUUAUUGCUUCAUUUUAUUAAUUUUAAGUUCUAUCAUGGUUGCAGCUCUUGUGGGAUUCCUUGUUAAAAGAGAACAAGUUUUAGACUGGGCCAGCGAUCACAUCAAAGAGGAAAAAGAUUCUGAAGCCUGGAAAGAAGCUAGGGAACGUAUUGAAGACAAUGUAGAUAUCUCUAAGUACAUCCUCAUUGCCACGACGGCAGUUACUGUUCUCGUUCUAUUAUUCGGUAUGUUCUACAGAUGCAGUGUCUCUUCUAACAAAUCAGACCACUACCAAACUAUGAGGCAUCAGCAAAGAUAUGAUAAAGUCUCUGGUGAGAUCCAUACCGCUCAACUAAGGAGAGAAGAAAAACAGAGACUUUAUGCUGAGAAGUACGGUCUAAGCUCAGUAAAUAACAACCAAAUGUUGUAAAAACUUAUUUAAUUCUGGCUAAGAACUGAU